GGAGAUACUGGUACCCAAAUGGGUCCUGGCUCUGAUGAUCAUUAAUGAUGGGGUGAGUCACGUGCCUCAGCAGCACCCCAGUAUUAUUGGGGGCAAAGGGGAACAGAAUUUGAUUGUGAAACAUGAAUAAAGGGGGGGAUUAAUCCCACUGCCCCUUCAGGGUCCCUCCGCAGUCCCAGCUCGCUGCAGGGGACACAGUCCUUCAGCUCCUGCCUACGCCUAUAAACGGGAGCAGCGCCGGCUUCUGGGUGCCUUAAGAAACCCCUGGCCCUGUAGCAUCUGAGAGACUAGCAAAAAAUCUGGAGAAUGUCAUGAGCUUUUGUGGCACAACCCACUGCCUCAGAUGGCAAACCCAGAGCAGUGGGCAGUGCCCAUGAAAACUUGUUGGUUUUUAAGCUUCUUUUAGUUACAGACUAACACGGCUCCCCCUGAGACUUUUAAACAAGCAAGGUUCUGUGUGUCUGUAACUGCCUGGGAGUUUUCUUAGGUAGCUUGGUGCAUUUCUGGGGUCUGACUUCUGUGGUGUUUUUUUCUUUCUUCAUUUCCAUCCAGCAAGUGUGAUUGGCUCCCAGUUGUGCAUCUUGCUUAGAGGGAAAAAACAAAACAACAGCUGGAACAGGCUACGCUGCUUCCUGCUUCCUCCAUUUGAUUGGGAAACAAAACCAAUCCUCAGGGACGGGUUGCAGAGAGGCCAUGGCUGCCGGGGACCUGGCCAGGAGCUUCCAGGAUGAGGCGACGUGUCCCAUCUGCCUGGAAUUUUUCACAGAUCCGGUGUCUAUUGAGUGUGGGCACAACUACUGCUGGGCCUGCCUCAGCCAGUGCUGGGGGGAGUCGGAGCCCAAGUUCUCCUGCCCCCAGUGCAGAGAGACCAUCCUGCAGAGACACCUGCGGCCCAACUACCAGUUGGGGAACCUGGUGGAGCUGGUGAAACGCCUGCAGCUCCCGGCAGGGCCAGUGCCCAAGGGGCAGCCAGGGUGCAAGAGACACCAGGAGUCCCUGAACCUCUUCUGCCAGGAGGAUCAAGCCCCCAUCUGUGUGGUGUGUGACCGGUCCCGGGAGCACCGCGCACACACGGUGGUGCCUAUCGAGGAGGCUGCCCAGGAGUACAAGGAGAAACUCCAGGGAGCCCUGGGCCCGCUCAGGGAGCAGCUGGAGGAGGCCCUGGUGCUGAGAAGCUUCUUCCACAUAGAAUAA